UCUUCGGCAACCACGCCUUACGCUCUCUUAUUCUACUUGAUAGAUAGCCAAGGCUGCUGGUCCAGCUUUGCACCCUAAUAUUACUGUCUACUAUCGGCUGCAGUAACUUGGUCCAUCGACUUUGGACCUGCCCUCGCUGAUCUACUUUCGAGCCCGUCGCGCAUACGAUUCUGAAUCGGCCGUUUAUUACACAAGAUGCCGGCAGCACCGAGAAAGAAGGCUACCGCCGCUGCAAAGCGAGCCGCCGAGUCUCAAGCGUCCUCGGGAAGCGAGAGUACACCAAAGCCAGAGGGGACUACCAAAUCCCACAAGCGGUCACGCUCUGGUUGCUUCACAUGCCGUCUUCGUCGGAAGAAGUGCGAUGAAAAGCAUCCGUCCUGUGGAGCCUGCAACAACCUCUGCGUGAAAUGCGAGUACAAACGCCCGGUCUGGUGGGGGAAUGCAGAGCAGAGGAAGAUGCACAAGGAACGUAUCAAGAACAAGAUCAAGCAGACGAAGAUGAAUGAGCGCAAUGGCUCAUUAGCCAUAGAUCCUGCCAGUCGCGUUCGAAGUAUGGCUGCCAACUCGCCGACUUCCCCUGAGUUCGAAUAUGGCCGUCCGUUCCCGGAGCCCUCAUACGACAUAUUCGCCUCCCAAUUCCCGACACCUGCCAUGGCCCAAACUAUCUACGCGCCACAAUAUCCGUACGAGGUAGACGUCAAGACCGAACACCAGACAUUUGUUAAUGAUGUCCAACUGCGCCAUGACUCAGUGUCAUCGACCUUCAGUACCUUUGCUCCACCACAAUUGAACGCGCCUCUUCCAACUUUUCCAGGUGAUGAGUGGUUUCACGAUGAGUACUUCAGGGCACCAGUUCUCCCCGGAAUCGACCCUGCGCUCUGUGAGCAGCCGUUCCCCGAGACGUAUGACAUGCUUCAAAACAUACCCGUUAGCGACCACGACCGACCCCUUCUUGAGCACUUCAUUCACAACGUUUUGCGCGUGAGCUUUCCCGUUCUUGAGGCUCAUCAACGCGGGCAUAUGCGCGCACAAGCCGUCCUUCAGACCCUCGAGACAAACAAGUGCUACCUACAUUGUUGCCUUAGUGUUGCCGCCAUCCACCUGAAAACAACCGAGGGAAUCACGGGAGAACAGAUUGAUCACGAUAUCAUGCGAAAUCGAUUUGAGGCGAUCUCUCAACUAUGCCAAGCCCUGGGAGACGACACAGAACAUCAGGAAAUUUUGGAUGCCACGCUUGCUAUGAUUUUCUUCCACUCUUCUGUAGGACCCGCCGAUGACUAUCUUCCGGACAUUCCCUGGUUAGACCACUUCCAGGCAGCGGCAAAUCUAGUGCAACGACUUGGCCUUACAGCGGACGCUCCGAACCCAUACGUUCUUCCUCCGUUCAGCAUGACAUUAACGGCAUGGAUUGAUAUUCUUGGUUCCACCAUGUACCGGAGGACGCCUGAGUUUGCCCACACCUACCGAUCGAAACACCUGGGUGGAGUGUCUCUGGGCCUACGUGAGCUCAUGGGGUGCGAAGACCGUGUCAUGUACCUGAUCUCAGAAAUUGCCUGUUUGGAUGCUCUGAAGUCGGACGGGAGGGUUGAUGAGAUGCAAGUUUGCUCUCAUGUUUCGGCCCUCGGACAGCAACUUGAAUUUACUGAACCCCCUGAUCAGAUCAUGGAGAGUCCCUUUUCAGCAACCACAGGUUUGCUUCGACCCGAGGUUCUAACAAAAAACAUGACGGCCGUGUUCCGUAUAGCUGCCCGGAUCUAUCUCUGCAGUCUUGUGCCCGGAUUCGAGGCAACGCAGCCUAGCAACAUCAACUUGGUUCAGGCCCUAGCAAACACCCUUCAAUACAUCCCAUCAGGUCCCGACGGAUUCGAUCGUUCACUCGUAUGGCCACUAUUUAUUGCCGGGGUUCACUCCCUGCCAGGCAGCCAAUUCCGGACCGUCUUGAUGGAACGAGCUGCAGCGCUCGCUGAACACGCCGACCUCGGCAGCUUCGGACGCAUGUGUCGAGUUUUGCAGGAAGUAUGGCGUGUUAACGACGAAUUCGCUGAACAACACAGCAGCUUAGACGAGGGUGCAUCAUCAUCCUCGCAAACGGCCAGUCCCGUGAAGGCCGAGCCGCCCAGUUCCCCCAGAGAGAGCGAGAACAGCUGGACGACGAAAGAAGCCAAGAAACCCCACUGGCGGGACAUCAUGCAGCAGAACGGUUGGAACUACCUUCUUCUUUGA